UCCAAACCGGGAGCCCUGGGGCCUCGCAACGCAUUUCAGGACAGAACCCUAAGCUGGGUCGGCCAGGUAUCAGGCCCUCGGUCCUGCCAGCGGGAACCAGCCAUCUCUCCCUCGGACCCCAAAGGCCAUACUCCAGCCCUCUUCUCCCUCAGACCCGGGAGUCUGGGUCCCCCGGCCAUCAUCUGGACAUUUCUGCCCGUCGGUCACACUGCCGAAUCCCAACACCCCUUGUCCUGGUUCUGGCCUCCCUCCUUCCUCACAUCCAGAAGUCCAGGCCCCAAACCCCUCCUCCCUCGGACCCAGGCGUACAGAUCCCCAGCCCCCUCCUCCCUCAGAUCCAGGAGUCCGGAGCUCCGGUUUGAACUUUCCACUCCCCUAAAUCCGACUCCCGCUGCUGCGUCAGGGAAAAAAUAAGCGACAGGUGGCACCUGCCCGCAGGGCCGGGUCGCGACCACCUGCUCCCGCUGCUCACCCGGCGCCCCUCUCCAGGCACCUGCUUCUGUCAGUCCGCCUGCCGCUGCCCCGCCUGAGCCCCACAGCCCCAGGCCUCGGAGGAGGGAGAGACUCGGGGAACCCCGACGUUCGCCCCUCCCCCAGGGCCACCCAGACCGUGCUCCCGCCCCUUCUCAGGGUCACGGGCGGAGCUUCUGUCUGCCCCGCCCCAUUUCACAGGCUCCUGCUCGCCCUACAAAGGGGUGUCCUGGGCGGUCCCGGGCUGGUGGGGCGGAGCCUGCGGCCUCCAGCCUUGACCUGGGGACUCAACCCGCCCCGGAGCACUACUGGCCGGAGCCCACCUGUCCAGGUCACCAUCACAGCCUUGGCAAUGACCCUCGCGGCUUCCUCCCAGCGCUCCCAAAUCAUUCGCUCCAAGUUCAGAUCUGUCCUCCAGCUUCGGAUCCACAGACGGUAUCAGGACCCAAAAACCAGGAGUGCUGGCUGUCCCAGCAGAACCCCAGAAAGCUGCGAUUCGCAGCCAUCACACCCCUUGGUGACUAAGGACGCGAUUCCUGCCUUCCUUGAGAAUAUAAAAGUCUGGGUCCCUAGAACCUCUGCCUUGCAGGCUCCUGGGGUUUCACUCCUUGGCCCCGCCCUCUCACGCCCGCGGUGGGGGGCUGUGGCCUGCAGGGCCCUCCUUCCCACACAGCCUUGUUCCUCCCUGCCUGGCUUGCUAUCUGCAGGCGUCUCGGGGUCCCUCACCACCUCUUCAGUCUUGGAUCCAGAUCCAUGGGUCUCAGCCACGGGCCCUGCCCUGGCCCCAGCCUCGCCCUCGGGUCCCACUCCUUUCCUCUUCAGUCCUGGGGACCUGCUCCCUGAAUCUGAAUAUGGCCCUUGGAGGUCCCUGAAGGAGUCUCCUAAGAUCUCCCAACAUUGGAGAGAGCCCAAGCCAAAGGGGAACUUGACAUACCACCAGUACAUGCCCCUGGGGCCGAGACAAGGGUCCAGGGUCGACCCCCAGGCCAAAAUGUUGGCUCUGGGUCCCCCUGGACCACCUCUGUGGGAAGGGACAAACUCCCAGCGGCCACCUCCCAGGAUGAAGCCCAUCCCCCUCACUCCCUCCCCGCCUGGAGUCCCCAGCGCCUCGCCCUCUCCACACAAGUUGGAACUUCAGACCCUUAAACUGGAGGAGCUGACGGUCUCAGAGCUCCGGCAGCAGCUGCGCCUGCGGGGCCUCCCGGUGUCGGGGACUAAGUCGAUGCUCCUGGAGCGCAUGCGCGGCGGCGCCCUGCCCCGCGAGCGGCCGAAGCCGCGACGCGAGGACAGUCCCGCGAGCGCUCCCUGGCCGCGCCUCAGGCCCAAGGCUCUGGGAGCAGUCCGGCGGCCGGGCUCGCUCAAGUCAGGCCGGGGCUGUCACCCUCCGCUUCUUCCACGUGCCGCGGAAACCCAGCCGACUGCGCCGGCUCCCGCGCGGGCUCCGGCGCUGACCCCUGCCUCGGCACCAUCCACGGCGGCCCCGAGUCUGGAGGAGGAGCUGCAGGAAGCCAUCCGCAGGGCGCAGUUGCUUCCGAACCGGGGCAUUGAUGACAUCCUGGAGGAUCAGAUGGAGCCCGAUGACCAGCUGCCCCCCAUCCCCCUGGACUUCCCCGGCUCCUUCGACGUGCUGUCCCCCUCCCCAGACUCUGAAGGCCUCUCAUCUGUCUUCUCCUCCUCGCUCCCGUCCCCCACAAACUCCCCGUCGCCCUCUCCCAGGGGCCCCACGGAUUCCUUGGACUGGCUGGAGGCUCUGAGUGGGGGUCCUCUGCUAGGCUGUGGUCCCCCAGCCCCCAGCGUCUUCUCUGCUGACUUAUCUGACCCCAGUGGCACCCGGCUGUGGGACCUGCUGGACGAUCCGUGGUGAUGGAUUCUGGGCUUCCAAGGAGGGGGCACUGGUGGGGAUGGGAAAGUCACAGAGGCAUACUCCCAAGGAAGGCGGGGGACAACUGCAGAGCCCCUCCCACCAUGGACACAGAAUCAGAGAACACUCUCAUCCCCACGUGGCCCCUGAACGGCUGCUGACAUGCCGUCGGCCAGACUCUUGUCUACCUGAUAUGAUCUCCUCCAUGGCUGUGUGGUCCGUGUCCUUUGCUGCUGGCCAGGGCCAACAAACUGCUUGCUCCUUCCUUCAGA